AUGGACUCUGAUCUCCAAGAUCAGCUCGAAGACCUGUCUACCAACAUCACCACCCUCGAAGCCGCCCUCGCGCCCCUCCUCGAUACCCCAUUAUCAGCGACUUCCUCCAAACUCCCGCUCCUCGACAAGGCGAAACUCUACAUCCUCUCCACCUACGCCCUCGAAUCUCUCCUCUUCUCCGCGCUGCGCCUCAACGGUAUCGACUGCUCUUCUCACCCCGUGAAAGCCGAACUCAACCGCGUAAAGGAAUACUUUGCGAAAAUCAAGAGCGCAGAGGAGGUUGGCGCGGGAGGACGGAGUCUUGGAGCGGGACGCUUGGAUAAGGAGGCCGCGGGCAGGUUCAUUCGGCAUGGACUGCAGGGCAAUGAGAAGUAUGACCGGGAGAGGCGGGAGAGGACGCAGAGGGAACGAGCGGGUGCGAAGAGGAAGCUGGAUGCUCUGAGCCGUGUGGGGACGCACACGCGGUUUGACGAGACGGUGAAGAAGAUCAAGGAAGAGGGGUUUACCGUGGUGCAAGCGAAUGAGGCUGACGAAGAUUCGGGAGACGAGAUUGUGGUCACUCCAGCACCCAGCAAGAGGCAGAAAGCGAGCAGUGAGGCGGAUGAAGGGACUGGUGACGAGAUCGUCGUGACCCAACCCUCGCGCAAGACCAAGGACCCGGACGCCUUGGACAUCUUGGACCAAGCCGUAGCUGACAAUACCGCUGCUGCUGCUUCGGAUGCUCUGCAGGAGUCAAAGUCCCAGAAGAAGAAGCGGAAGCCCAGAAGUAAAAAGAACAGAAAGUCCGAUGGUUGA